GGACAAUGAAGAAAACUGUCGAUACACAGAAAUAGCCAUGUCUAGAUUCUGGAUGGUCUUCCCAAAAAAGAUGGAAUUCUGUAAACGAGUAGAGUGAUCAGGGAAAGUCCCUCACGGGAAAGUCCCAACUAUUCAGUUGGAAUAAAGAUGAUUGUCGUUCUUUGAUCACCACCACAUGCCUCUCUUAGCUUACCGAAGUAUUCUACAAAUCGUGUUGGAGAAUGGUAAAGAAAAGUGGUCGAUAAUGGAAAUACAUGAAGAGCAUGGGUCGUGUAAAAGCGAGUCAUUUUGUCAACAUUUCGAGCGAAAUACCUGCCUGAUACAUUUCGCAUGCUGCGAUGAGAAAGAUUGGUAUCCUUGCCACAAAUGCCACAAUGAUGCCGUUAACGUGAAAAGGCAAGAAAUAAACAAAACAUCAGGUAAUAAUUCAGAGAAUUAUGACAUGGGGCGUAAUGGCUCAGAAGAACUGGAUUCUUUGGAGGAAGGCAGACCAAAUAUGGCAGAAACGUGCAGUGAGGCCGGAGGUGCACAAGUAGAUGCAUUAAAUGAUGAUGAAGUGGGAGCAACUGCUAUGACCUCUGAGGCACCUGGUAAACCAACCACUGCUAACCAGGACUUGCAUACCAAGAAUGACACACAUUUGUCACCUUUGGGAAAUGAGAUGGAAAAUGCGGUGGAUGGUGAAUGUGGACAAGUACAUGAGAUACCUAAGCUACUUAAGGAUGUUCAGGAACAUACACUGGCCAAAGCACAGGACGGAGAUCGCCUUAAGUGUGCAGCAUGUGACCACAUACAGUCAAAGUUUUGUCAGAAGUGUGAAAAUGAGUCGUGUGGAAAUACAUUUUCCAGUUACUUCUGUCCAGAAUGCAAACUUUUGAUUGAAACUACAGGAAAUGCAAAACUAGACCCUUAUCACUGUGGCCCAUGUGGAGUGUGCAGGUCAAACAAGGAAGAAAACUUCCAUUGUGACAAGUGUAAUGUUUGUAUGCCACUGUCUCUGAGGGAUCAUAAGUGUUUUGACAAUAGAGGUCAUGAUCCAUGUGCAAUAUGUUGGGAGGAAGUUUUUUCAGGCGCUGUUAUACUUCCUUGUUUUCAUAUGAUUCAUAAGGAUUGUGCUGUAAAACUCGUUCUCUCAGGAAGUGGCGCAUGUCCGAUGUGUCGUUGCACAAUCAUGCAGAAAGAGGAAGUCGCCAAGACGGUUAUUCAAGAAACAGGCCAGGCAUCUAAUCCCUUUAAAAGACUUCUUUGCAGCGCAGGAAGUGUUAUAUACCGAGGCUUUCGAGGCUUUCGUGAAAUAAUGGGAACAAGGCCGCCCGUCAACCACAUGGAAAUGAACAACGUUUCACAGUGAUUGAGAAUAGAAAUAUUGAUUUGCCUGUUUAGCGGCACCAGAAUACUUGUAUGUGGCCUUCGUUUUUUAUGCUGGAUUCUGGAUUAGGAGUGUUACGGGGUUGAGUGCUUGAGUUGAGUUGCAUGAAUAUCCAAUUUAGAACAUGCGCGUUCUCAGCUCACUGUAUGAUGGCAACCCGAACAAAGGACAGGAAUAAACAUUCUUGUUCCCUACCUUUUGUUAAUUUCUUUUCACCUUCGCUUAAAAAAAAAACUGCCACACUUGGCUGGUACGCUUCUUUUGAGUCCUACGAAGAUUUUUGAAAAACUGGGCUUAAUCAUUCUAUGAGUUGAAGGCUGUGCUGAAAUAUUCUAGGGGCUACCUAACUAAAGUUCUUUUGACAUUAUUAUCACUUAAUUCCACAUAUUAAACUUAGCAUCAAAAAGAAGAGGAGAGGUAAAAUGUAAAAACCCAGUUGGAAUAUUCAACAUCAUAGUACUGCAGUCAAAUGUGUCUCGGCCUGUACGAAAAAAAAAUUAAAAUACCUGCAUGUUUCGAACUUCUUCUACCCUAAUCUUAACCCUGAAUAAACCUUGAGAAAAG